AUGAGUGGGCACUCGUCUGCUCCCGAGACUGCGAGCUCGCGCACUGGUCAGCACAAUGGCACUCUGCACGGAAGAGCAUCCGGCAUCUCCGACGGCAGCUCUGGCAGCAGCGACGCCCCAGUCAGACCGGCGUAUCCGAGUCAAAGCUCCUCCUUCGCCUCUACCCUGGGCGAACAAGCUCUGCGCUCCUCACUUUCUAGCGGGGAGAAUAGCGCCGAGAUCACACCUAUCCACUCUGGUAGGGCAAGUCCUCAAUUCAUAAGAAGGUCCAUCAAGGAUAACCCCCUGGAUCUGUCCACUCCCCCCAUAUCGAGGAGUUUGCAGAGCUUUUAUGAUGAGACCGACGAGAGACAGAGGCUGGAAGUGGAGAGUCAGGUCUAUAAAGGGCGAGCGGCUGAAGUCGACAGCUUUUCUGCAGCCUCGAACGGCGGCGCCGGUCUUGAUGUGGGAGAGAAAGGAGGGCAAGCUUCUGGGACAAGCUCGAUGGAUGUCUUCACGGCCGAUGUGGGGCACCCCAGAAUGUCAGGUGGACAGGAUGACUCAUCCAGCACGGCGCAACAGCCGAGAGGCACAGCAGGUGCAAGCGCUGGACAGGCAACUCCUUCAUCGUAUCGGGCAGCUAAUAAUGCCAUCGCAGCUUUGAAGCCUGCAGCCUCCGUAGCAGAUGGUACCGAGCAGCGUCUACGCCAAGCGGCAGGUUACGCAUCUUCGCCUGCUGAUGCUGCAGCUGCACUGGCAGGCCUAGGAUCUACUUCAGCUUCCGGCACAAGCGCUGGUGCUGGUGCUGGUCUCCCUAGCUCCAAUACGGACAUGAGCAACGAGCUCGGCAGCCUGUAUGCAAGGUUGCAGAGAUGUCUGCAGCUCAGAGAAAAGUACAUGAGUGUCAGUCUGCAAUCUUGCUUGGAAGACAAUCCGAAGAACUGGGAUGCAGAGUACUGCGAGCAAAUACAGAGCCGAGUUGAUGGCGCCAAAAUGAAUGAAGCAAGCGCAGAUGAUAGCGAAAGGCAACCCAGAUCCAUCAUCGUCGAUGGUAGCGCGUCCGUACAGACGAGCAGUGAAGAAGGAGGCGUACCUAGCAAACCUUGGCGCAUAUAUCCGGCCCCUCCCCGUCCUCACUGGGAGCACUUUCAUCCCGCACCCGCUUCGUCCUUUGUCUCUAGACCGCAACACACCAGCGUCAAUCCUUUGCCUCCUGCGCAACCUCCUGCCAGUCCUGCAAAUGCUAAAGCGGCACAACAAUUGCUAGAAGGAACUGGAGGCAAGCCGGGUGUAUUCAGGCGAGAGGAUGUAAGAUGCCCGGACCGGCACCUGACUGAUGGUAAAGAAGUCAAUUUCGAAUUGGACUCUAGCGGUGUGUUCCAAGUGUGCGUGGAAAAGAGCAACCGAGAGGACAAAGCACAAGCGGAGGCUCAGCAGACCAAGCCCGAGUAUUUAUUCAACGUACCCACUGCGAGGGAGUAUUUCAAAGAUCUGGACUUUUUGCUCGGUGUCAUCUCGGACGGACCGGUCAAGAGCUUUUGCUGGAGACGCAUCAAGUAUUUGGAACACAAGUGGCAGCUGUACUUUUUGCUCAACGAAGGGCAGGAGCUGAAGGCCAUGAAGGCCGUCCCUCACAGAGACUUCUACAACGUGAGGAAAGUGGACACGCAUGUUCAUCACAGCGCAAGCAUGAAUCAGAAGCAUCUCUUGCGCUUCAUCAAGAGCAAGAUCAAGAGGUAUCCUGAUGACGUGGUCAUCUAUAGGGAUGGCGCCAAAUUGACACUACAGCAGGUGUUUGAGAGCUUGAACUUGACUGCGUACGACUUGUCCAUCGACACGCUCGAUAUGCACGCUCAUCAGGAUGCUUUCCAUCGCUUCGACAAAUUUAACUUGAAGUAUAAUCCGAUCGGAGAAUCACGUCUGCGAGAGAUUUUCCUGAAGACGGAUAAUCUGAUCCAAGGUCGUUACUUGGCCGAGAUCACCAAGGAGCUGAUGCAAGAUUUGGAGCAGAGCAAGUAUCAGAUGGCCGAGUACAGGCUGAGCAUCUAUGGACGAUCUGUCAGCGAGUGGGACAAGCUUGCAACGUGGAUCGUGGAGAACAAAUUGUUCAGCCCGAACGUAAGGUGGCUUAUUCAGGUGCCGAGACUCUACGAGGUGUACAGAGGCCAAGGCACCAUUCAGAAUUUCGAGCAACUGUUGGACAACAUCUUCCGCCCCUUGUUCGAGGUGACACAGAACCCGAGCUCGCAUCUCGCUCUGCACAUCUUCCUCCAGCGAGUCGUAGGCUUUGACGUGGUGGAUGACGAGAGUAAACCGGAACGGCGGGUACACCGCAAAUUCCCGGUGCCCAAGUUGUGGGACUACAGAGAAAGUCCACCAUACAAUUACUGGCUGUACUACAUGUACGCGAAUAUGAGCAGUCUGAAUCAGUGGCGUCGGAUGCGAGGCUUCAACACGCUUGUAUUAAGGCCGCAUGCUGGCGAAGCUGGCGACACAGAUCACAUGGCGGCCACUUUCUUAACGUCGCAAUCCAUCAGUCAUGGGAUCUUGCUUCGAAAGGUUCCGGCACUUCAGUAUCUCUACUAUCUGAAGCAAGUGGGCAUGGCCAUGUCGCCCUUGUCCAACAACGCGCUCUUUCUAUCUUACGAACGCAACCCAUUCCCGUCCUUUUUGCGAAUGGGCAUGAACGUCUCCAUCUCGACGGACGAUCCCCUGCAAUUCCACCUUUCCAAGGAGCCGCUUUUGGAAGAGUACAGCGUGGCGACGCAAAUCUACAAAUUGACGCCGGCGGACAUGUGCGAGCUGGCACGAAAUAGCGUGCUGCAGUCUGGCUGGGAGAUGGAGCUCAAGAGGCACUGGUUGGGCACCCACUUUUACAAGUACGGUCCUAGCGGUAAUUCGAUGGCGAAGAGCAAUGUCCCUGACAUCCGGAUGCGAUACCGCGAAGAUACUCUCAGAGAGGAGCUGGACCUGGUCUGUCAAAAUGAUACGCGCUCGGCGAGCCUUUCCUUGUGA